AUGGCUCGCGGAUUCAAGCGGCCGGAGAACGAGGCCGGUGCGGCAUGGCCCGCCAUCCUCGUCGGCGCCUUCGUCGCCUUUGGCGGUGUCCUAUUCGGCUAUGACACCGGUACUAUUAGCGGUAUCUUGGCCAUGAAGUACUGGAAGGAGCUUUUCUCCACAGGCUACACCGAUGCCACGGGCCAGCGUGGUAUUUCUCCUUCCGAGGAGGCCGCCGUGGUCUCCAUCCUCUCUGCCGGUACCUUCUUCGGAGCCCUCGCUUCGGUCUUCCUCGCCGACUCUAUCGGUCGUAGGUGGGCCCUCAUUGCCUCGUCCUGGGUUUUCAACCUGGGUGUCAUCUUCCAGACUGCUGCCGUCUCCCUGCCUCUGUUCCUCGCUGGUCGUUUCUUUGCUGGUUUCGGUGUCGGUCUCAUCUCCGCCAUGAUUCCCCUGUACCAGUCUGAGACGGCUCCCAAGUGGAUUCGCGGUGCCAUCGUUGGUGCUUACCAGCUGUCUAUCACCAUCGGUCUGCUCCUCGCCGCCAUUGUCAACAAUGCCACCCACACUCGCGACGACACGGGUUCCUACCGUAUCCCUAUUGCCGUCCAGUUCGCUUGGUCCAUCAUUCUCAUUGUUGGCAUGCUGAUCCUCCCCGAGACUCCUCGAUUCCUCGUCAAGAAGGGCAAGAUGGACCAAGCCGCCCAGGCUCUCGGCAAGCUCCGCCGUCUCCCGGCGGACCACGAGGCUGUCGCCGCCGAGGUUGCCGAGAUCAAGGCCAACCACGACUACGAGAUGUCGCUUGGCACUGCCGGCUACAUGGAUUGCUUCCGCGGUCCCAUGCUUAAGCGCCAGCUCACCGGUAUGGGUCUUCAGGCUCUUCAGCAGCUCACUGGCAUCAACUUCAUCUUCUACUACGGCACCAAGUAUUUUGAGAACUCGGGUAUCAGCCAGCCCUUCGUCAUCCAGAUGAUCACCUCUGUCAUCAACGUCGUCUCCACCAUCCCUGGUCUCAUCUCAGUCGACCGCUGGGGUCGUCGUCCCAUGCUUCUCUGGGGUGCCAUCGGAAUGGCCAUCAGCCAGUUCCUGGUUGCUAUGCUCGGUACCCUGACCACCGGCCAGCGCGAGGACGGCACCAUCAUCGUUUACAAUGUCGACGCCCAGAAGGCCGGCGUUGCUUUCGUCUGCAUCUACAUCUUCUUCUUUGCCAGCACCUGGGGUCCUCUCGCCUGGGUUGUCACCGGCGAGAUCUUCCCUCUGAAGCAGCGUGCUCGUGGUCUGUCCAUCACCACCGCCACCAACUGGCUCCUCAACUGGGCUAUCGCCUACGCGACCCCUUACCUCGUCAACUUCGGUGUCGGCUACGCCAACCUCCAGUCCAAGAUCUUCUUCGUCUGGUUCGCAUGCUGCUUCCUGUGCAUCGCCUUUGUCUACUUCUUCAUUUACGAGACCAAGGGUCUGUCGCUCGAGGAGGUCGAUGAGAUGUACGCCCAGUGCAGCUCUGCCCGCCACAGCAGCUCGUGGCAGCCUUCUGUGUCUUUCACCCAGCGCACUGGUGCCGACUCCGCUACGGUGGAGAAGAUCGAGGGUGACGCUAGCGACCACGCUGUCGAGGCCAGCAGGGUCUAA